UUAGAGCCUCGUACUCCUUCUUUCUGUUUUCAAGUCCUUUAACAGUGAUUCCCGGCCAUGCCUGAGCCAGCCAAGUCCGCCCCGGCCCCGAAGAAGGGCUCGAAGAAGGCGGUGACCAAGGCGCAGAAGAAGGACGGCAAGAAGCGCAAGCGCAGCCGCAAGGAGAGCUACUCGGUGUACGUGUACAAGGUGCUGAAGCAGGUGCACCCCGACACCGGCAUCUCGUCCAAGGCCAUGGGCAUCAUGAACUCGUUCGUGAACGACAUCUUCGAGCGCAUCGCGGGCGAGGCGUCGCGCCUGGCGCAUUACAACAAGCGCUCGACCAUCACGUCCCGGGAGAUCCAGACGGCCGUGCGCCUGCUGCUGCCCGGGGAGCUGGCCAAGCACGCCGUGUCCGAGGGCACCAAGGCCGUCACCAAGUACACCAGCGCAAAGUGAGCCCGCCGGCUGCAGAGCAAUCGUUUUGUUUUAUUUUCACUUUUUCGCCGACGUCGUUCAUCCUUCGGGAGCCCCUGGACCUGCUGGAGCUGGACUCCGGCAAAAAAGAAAUAAAAACUUAAAAAAAUAAAAGGCAAAGAUAACACCACCACACAGCAAUUAGAAAGGUCAAAAUCUGGAACGCUGAGAACACCAAAUGCUGACGAGGACGUGGAGCAAGGUGAACCGUCGGUCGCUGCUGGCGGGAGUGCAAAAUGGAAAAGGGUCUUCCAUCCCGGAAGAGAGUUUGGUCAAUUCUUACAAAACCAUACAUACGCUUUCCACAUAAUCCUGCAAUCGCCUUCUUUGGUAUUUACCCAAAGGAGUUGAAAACAUGUCACACAAAACCUGCACUCAGGCGCAUGUAGCAGCUUUAUUCAGAACUGGCAAAACUUGGAAGCAACCGAGACGUCCUUUGGUAAGUGACCGGAUGAGCAAACCGGUGCAGCCAGACAACGCUAUCACUCAGCGCUAAAAGGAAAUGAGCUAACGAGCCGGGAAAAGACGCGCAGGGACCUAAAAUGCUUAUUACGGAGUGAAAGAAGCCAACACAGCGUUACGGAAAAGGUAAAAUUAUAAAGAUAGUAAAACGAUCACUGGUUUCCAGGGGCUGAGGGGAGGGAAGGGAUGAGUAUGUGGAGGGAGCACAGAGGAUUUUGAGGGCAGUGAAAACACUGUGUGAUGCCCUAAUGAUGGAUACAUACCAUUAUCCACUGAGAGUGAACCUGAUGUAAACUGUGGACUUUGAGGGGCGCCUGGCUGACUCAGUCGGUUGAGUGUCCGACUUCGGCUCCGGUCACGAUCUUGGGAUUCGUGGGUUGCAGCCCCACGUCGGGCUCUGUGCCGACAGCUCAGAGCCUGGAGCCCGCUUCGGAUUCUGUGUCGCCCUCUCUCUCUGCCCCUCCCCCGCUCAUGCUGUCUCUCUCUGUCUCUCAAACAUAAAUGUGAAAAGAAAAACCUUUUUUUUAAAUGAUAAAAAAAUAAAAACAAAAAGUCAAAGAUAAAGUAACAUAGAAGUUGUGGACGUACUUCUUGUGUAUUUAUAAGCUUGUCACUCAAGGACAGAAAAAAAAAUACUAUUCUGCCGAUUGAUCACUUGAGGCAAAAUUUCCCAUCUGUUCAAAUUGCCUAUGAAAAUAUAGAGACAAUUUAAUAUGAUUAAUUUGGAAUAUGCCAAGAAAUAAAUGACUGACCAGCCAUGAGAAGUCUCUCAAAGGCGAUGGCCUUGAGAUGAGUGAAAAGAGAAGCUAGUCUGAAUCUUUGCCCGAGACCUCACAUUCAAAGUUGAAUAGCUUCAGACAUCUUUUUGGAAACCAUAUUAUAAUACCUUUGCUAGAUGACUUAUAAUUGCAGAUUUCUGAAUUUUAUACUAGUGGUGACUUUAAAAGAAAAAUUUUAAUGCACUGGAACAAAACAUAAGAGACAAAAUAAUUCCCAGAGAUUUCCUGAGAUGCUUAGAAUGAAGAAAAAUAUCCACCAGUAAGUGUUUUUUGAGUGUGUUUUAAUUUUUUUAAAUGAUUUUUGGGGUGCCUGGGUGGCUCAGUUGGUUAAGUAUCUGACUCUUGAUUUGGGCUCAGAUCAUGGUCUCACAGUUUGUGAGAUGGGGCCCUGUGUAAGGGCUCUGUGCUCAGCGUGGAACCUGCUUGAGAUUCUCUUUCUCUCUCUGCCCCUCCCCCACUCAUGCGUGCAUGCUCUCUCAGAAUAAACAUUAAAAAAAACAAAACGACUUUAUAUCACAUCUGCUUUAAUUGUGAAAAUAAUACAGAACAAAAAAUUGAGAAUAUAGGCAUGGACUUUUCAUGCAAAUAUUCGGGUGUUGCACAAAAAUGUUCAAUAAUGGUAGCUUUUGAAAGUUCCUGCACUUGUGUAUGAAAAAAACAAAUAUGAAGUACACCCCAAUUAAUAUUAGAAAUAUGUGCAUAUGAUGUGAAUAUGGAGUUGUACCUAAAACAUGUUCUAAUCCAAACAUACUAGUGUUUUUUACCAGUUGGUUCUUGUGAAUGUAUUUUGAGAACAUGGAACUAUAAAAAAUUCUUGCACUCAAA